GGCGCCGCCAUCUUGAAUUAUAUGUUUUGUAAAUAGAGAAAUGCAGCGUGUUUAUUGUUGAUUUCCUUGUUUGACAUUUUCUAGGUAAUAUGUAAUUUAAAAUAAUAAAAUAUGGACGUCAAAGUUCAAGUACAAAAAUGUCUCGAUCAAUUGUCUUCGGAGGCAAGAGAGUUGUAUAUAGACAGUACUGUGACAGAAAUUGAUGAAGCACCAAGUCCACUACAGUUUUACAGAGAUUUUGUUGCAGCAAAUAAACCAGUUUUGAUAAAAAAUGCUAUAGAUCACUGGCCAGCAUUGAAGAAAUGGACCCCAGAUUAUCUAAGAGAGAAAAUAGGAGAUCAGGAAGUGACAGUGGCAGUUACACCCAAUGGUUAUGCUGAUGCAGUUACUGACGGCAAGUUUGUCAUGCCUGAAGAGAGAAUGAUGAAACUGUCACAGUUUCUGGACAUACUAGAUAAACCAGAAUCUGAUAAUGGGGUGUUCUAUGUACAGAAACAGAACUCGAAUCUUACUGAUGAGUUUGUCUCUGUGAUGGACGAUGUGGAACCAGAAAUAAAAUGGGGGUCUGAUGCAUUUGGUAAAGCUCCAGAUGCUGUCAACUUUUGGAUGGGAGAUAAAAGAGCUGUAACCUCUAUGCAUAGGGAUCACUAUGAAAAUCUAUACUGUGUUGUUAGAGGUUGGAAAAAGUUCUUGCUAAUUCCACCAACAGAUUUACCUUCAGUUCCAUAUGAAUUGUUCCCAGCGGCUGUAUUUCGAGAGAAUGAUAAAGGGCAGUUCACGAUUGUAGAUGAUGAAAAAACUGGACAGGUACCAUGGGUAGCCAUUGAUCCUUUAAAUCCAGACUACAACAAGUUUCCUCAGUACAGGAAUGCCAAACCUAUUGAGGUAACAGUCCAUGCUGGUCAGAUGCUGUACUUACCUUCACUGUGGUUCCACCAUGUACAACAGUCACAUGGUUGCAUUGCUGUGAAUUAUUGGUAUGACAUGGAAUUUGAUAUUAAAUACAAUUACUACAAGUGUAUAGAAAGUCUUGUGGAUAUUGUGAAGUGAACUCUGGUGAAUCUGUCAAGUUGAAAUGACAUACAGAAAGCCGCAAUGACAAAACUGCAGGAUGUGAGCAUCCAAUACUUCCAAGAAUGCUCUGCUGUUACUUCUCAGAAUGCUCCACUGAUUCUUCCUGCUUACAUUAGAUAUGCAGUAAAAAUCGCCGACAGGGUCCAAUGAUUGAGCGCUUAAAUACUAUGUGAAUAAAAUCAGACACAAUGGGAAAAA